ACACAGUGAGAGAAGCGUCCUCUGGUCCGGUUACCGCGUGCAUACGAUUACUGUCAGAGAGAGAGGGAGAGAGAGAGAGAGAGAGAGAGAGAGAGGGAGAGAGAGUGAGAGAGGGAGAGAGAGAGAGAGAGAGAUCGAGCAGUACGGCGGGAGAGCGCGCUCCUCUGUCCCGCUAUGGCUGAUCUUAUCCACAUGCACGACUCUACCGCUACGCUCGUGAACCGGUUCGCCCGCAAAGGCGCGCUGCGGCAGAAGAACGUGCACGAAGUAAAGAACCACAAGUUCAUCGCGCGCUUCUUCAAGCAGCCCACAUUCUGCAGCCACUGCACCGACUUCAUCUGGGGAUUUGGCAAGCAGGGAUUCCAGUGCCAAGUGUGCUGUUUUGUGGUGCACAAAAGGUGCCAUGAGUUCGUCUCAUUCUCCUGUCCAGGGGCUGACAAGGGGCCAGACACAGAUGAUCCAAGAAGCAAGCACAAAUUCAAGAUUCAUACCUACGGCAGCCCGACCUUCUGUGAUCACUGUGGCUCGCUGCUGUAUGGACUCAUCCACCAGGGGAUGAAAUGUGACACAUGCGACAUGAAUGUACAUAAGCAGUGUGUGAUGAAUGUGCCAAGCCUGUGCGGAACAGACCACACCGAGCGCAGAGGACGCAUCUUCCUCAAGAUUGAGGUCAGCGGAGACAAACUUCACGUGACAGUCGGUGAGGCCAGAAACCUGAUUCCCAUGGACCCUAAUGGCCUCUCAGACCCAUACGUGAAGCUGAAGCUGAUCCCUGACCCUAAGAACGAGACCAAACAAAAGACAAGGACCAUCCGCUCUUCUCUCAACCCCACAUGGAACGAGUCCUUCACCUUUAAGCUAAAGGCCACAGAUAAAGACCGCCGACUGUCAGUAGAGGUGUGGGACUGGGACAGAACCACCAGGAAUGAUUUCAUGGGGUCCAUGUCGUUUGGAGUUUCAGAACUGUUCAAGGCACCAGUGUGUGGCUGGUACAAGCUGCUGAACCAGGAAGAAGGUGAAUACUACAAUGUGCCGAUUCCAGACGUGGAUGAUAUUAACUUUGAACUCAGGCAGAAGUUUGAGGCCUGUCAGCUAAAUAUCCACUUCCUAAAGAAAGCUAAGCUGGGCCCAGGUAAGAAAGUGAUCACACCGUCAGACCACCGGCGCUUCAGUUUUCCUUCCAGCAACAUGGACAGAGUUCGACUCAACGAUUUCCACUUCCUGGCACUUCUAGGAAAGGGCAGCUUUGGCAAGGUAAUGCUGGCGGAGAUGAAGUCCACAGAGGAGCUGUAUGCAAUCAAGAUCCUGAAGAAGGACGUGGUGAUCCAGGAUGAUGAUGUGGAGUGCACUAUGGUUGAGAAGAGGGUGCUGGCACUGAGGGACAAGCCACCGUUCCUCACCCAGCUCCACUCCUGCUUCCAGACAGUGGAUCGUCUCUACUUUGUGAUGGAGUACAUUAAUGGCGGGGACCUGAUGUACCAUAUCCAGCAAGUGGGCAAGUUUAAGGAGCCUCAGGCUGUAUUCUACGCUGCUGAGAUUGCCUUGGGCCUGUUUUUCCUGCAUAGGAAGGGAAUCAUUUACAGAGACCUGAAGUUGGAUAACGUGAUGCUGGACUCAGAAGGCCACAUUAAAAUAGCCGAUUUCGGCAUGUGUAAGGAGAACAUGUAUGAAAGCAUGACAACACGCACCUUCUGCGGUACUCCAGAUUACAUCGCCCCAGAGAUCAUUGCCUAUCAGCCUUAUGGGAAAUCAGUGGACUGGUGGGCUUAUGGUGUCCUCUUAUAUGAGAUGCUUGCUGGACAGCCACCGUUUGAUGGUGAGGAUGAGGAUGAGUUGUUCCAGUCUAUCAUGGAGCACAAUGUCUCCUAUCCCAAGUCCAUGUCUAAAGAAGCUGUGUCCAUCUGUAAAGGACUGAUGACAAAGCACCCAUCGAAGCGACUUGGAUGUGGGCCUGAAGGGGAGAGAGACAUUAAGGAGCAGGCUUUCUUCCGGAGAAUUGACUGGGAACGACUGGCCAACCGAGAGAUUCAGCCUCCAUUCAAACCCAAAGUUUGUGGCAAAGGGGCGGAGAACUUUGACAAGUUCUUCACACGCACCCAGCCCAUGCUGACCCCACCAGACCAGCUGGUCAUCGCCAACAUCGACCAGAGCGAAUUCGCCGGCUUCUCCUACAUGAACCCACAGUUCAUCCACCCGUCAGUGCACGGAAGCGUCGUAUGAGACUGAACCGACGUGUAACUCGCAACCACAAUGACGAUGACCAUAAACUCAAAAAUCUGUCUGUGUACUGUUAAUGACCCUUUAGCAGAAAGUGCAGAAAUUGUGAAAGUGAGGGUUUAAAUUGGAUGAUAAAUGACUGAAUGACAGGAUACCCAGCUUCACAUGGUGCAAUACAGUAAAUAGGUCACAGUGGUUCUGAAAUUUAACGGUUUGAAGGCUUUAGAGCAAUGAUUCCAUCACAGUCUGUUGUAUAUCCGGUUACAUAUAUGUCAAUUCAGCGUGUAUUAAUGAUGCAAUAUAAUGUGGAAUUAACAAAACAUGACAGAACGUAUAUUUCGAAGAAUUCGUUGAUUGGUGAAUGUUAUUUGGUUAAAUUGGAGCAGUGGGCAAUACUAAAGGACAAGUGUAGGACCAGUGAAAUCAUUUUAAUAUAGAAAAGUAUAGGACACUGGUUCUCUUUAGUUUUUACCCCUGAGUCCAGAGCCUUGCCAGUCUGUGUGUAUGAGGCAUGUUUGACUUGCUUUUUUUGUUUGUCUUAGCAUUGUGUUUCCUCUUAUCUACUGCCAUUUCUAAAUCUCUCUCUCUCUCUCUCUCUCUCUCUCUCUCUCUAUAUAUAUAUAUAUAUAUAUAUAUAUAUAUAUGAAUUUCCAUAUUCUUAGUCGUGCCAAAAUCAAAAAAUUUUAUAACUCUCAUUAUGACCAUAUUUUAAUUAUUUCAAGCUCUUAUGGUUAUAACUGGUCAAGUCAUCCUAACUUGGACUAAGUUGUUCUGUGCUCCUGUUUGCAGCAUGAAAGUCCUCGAAUGUAUGUUCGAUUCCCCGUGACAUUUCGUUUAAUCUGUUAUUUGCAUCAACCAGCAUGCUGUAUACUGUACAUUCAAGACAAAACAGCAAACGGUUACCAGAGUGUGCACGGUUGCUCUUGUAUACACUGCAGAGCUGCAUGAUACAGCACUGGUUCUUUUUUUCCUACUGAUUUUCGAUGCAGAGUGGAGUGACCACCCUGAUACUUCCCAACAGACAGCUGAUACCGUUGUUUUCCUUCCCAUAAAUUGAGAGACACACAGUGCGCAUGCAUUAGUAGCCUAGCAGCUAACGCAUAGUCAAAAGUCCAGUGAUGAAGAUCGUUGCCUCCACAUGAUUGCAACCAGUUUGCUGUUCUGAAAUGCACAAUGCAGUACUAUGAUGCAUGUUUUUUCUCUGUUUCUCUGUAACGUCUAUUAACGAACCCAUUAGACAGGCAACAGUCCCCAAUAUCAAACCUGCUUGCGUUAUAUCCUAAAACGGAGUGUUUAUGUAAUUUCCCGUGAUGAAUUCUGUGUCCUAAUAUAUGCGCUGAAGUUCUUCUCUGCUUCUUUCGAAAUGCAUUUUUACUUUCUUUCUUCUUUUAUUUUUUUUCCCAUACUUUCGUUCUUUGCGCCGUGGAUGCUUUCCUAUGACGAAGUAUGUUUACUGUUACAUUAAAGCAACACUAUAUCGACCGUUUUUGUAAAUACAGAGGCUGUUUCAAAAGAGAAUUAACGUUAACUGUAGAUUUUAUACCAACAACUGAAUGUGCUUUUACAACAUUAGUUGGUUUUGACAUAUCUGUAUGCUUUAGAUAACGUGAUUAAAGGAGACUAGUUUGGCAGAACCCUUUGAUAGCUUUGGUAUUGGCGAACCUUGUUAUAAAUGUAUUUCUUGUAUUUAUCUGCACUUUUUGUCAAUGUUUAUGAGACGAUAUAAGCAAAUAAGCAGUAUCUAGGUAUGAGCGCAGUGUUUAUACCAGCGCUCUUGUAUUUCUUUUUGUUGUGUGCAUGUGAGGGUGUGGGCAAAACAGAGCAUGUAAAUCAAGUGUUGAGUCAACUACAAAUCUACAAAUCAACUAUCUCUAGGAACGGCCAUGUCAUGCCAAGUACGAAACCUGUGCCCUUUACUUUCAUGUCGGCAUUUUUGUUUCCAGCUUCCUCUUUCUUUUUCUGGCUGCUGAAUGAAGAAAUAGCAGGCAUCAGUCAGACGUCAUUUAUAUUCAUCAUUUACACUGAUUACUGUAUUGUAACAAACAUACAAUUUCAGCGAAAUACAUUGGCUUGCAUAUGUUUUCUGUCCCCCAUGAAAUUUUCCACAUUUUUGAAUGUAAGAAACUGAAAUUUUUAAAGCAAAUGAUCUCAAGAGAAAUACACUUGUUCCUGAACCUUGUUAUAGAAAAUCUAAACAAACCAAAUCAUAAAAACCAAGCAGUUAUGAAAAUAUGUCCAGGACAAAUUUCUGACAAUGUCUCAAUCAGAGUUUGGUUGUAAAAAAGUAUGUAAAAAAAUAUAAGUUUUGAAUAUACCACAGAGCACUUGAAUUCAUUACUAAAAAUGGACUGUGACAUCACUGUUGUCCACCAAGUCAGCUACCAGAUAAAGAGUGCAUUAAUCUGAGAAUAUGUCAAACAUUUAAGGGAAUAAUACUGAAUUUUCUCACAAACUUCUAUUGCCUAAAUGGUCUGAAAUUCCAAUCUUUGUCCAUUUUCUCUCUAUCCAUUUGUGCCAAAAAAAAAAAAAAACCUGUAUAUCUGUAUGGAUAUAGAAAAUGUAAUUAAAUUAACUUUGAGAAAUGACCCAUCAGGAAUCCAUUUCCCCCAACCUAAUACCUCAGGAUGUUCCCAUACGCACGCACUAUUAAUGUGCCAAUGAUCUUAGUGGAUAAUUGUCUACUUUGAUACUUUACAAGUGGAUUUGUCCACUUUCUUUAUUGAAUUAGGACAGGAAUAAUUGGUUUGGGUCUCUCGCCAUUCAACAGUAGUGUUCUGUUCACUGCGUAGCAAUGGAUAUAUUAACCCAGACCAGCUCUUUUAUUUUUUAUAGCAAUACAGCUCUAUCUUUUAUUUUAAAAUGCCCAAUAUAUCUUUAAUAAUACGUUAUGUAUUAUUAAUUAUCUUCAAUUGAAUUAUUAUAAUAUAUACACAUUUAUAGAAAUGUAUGGAAAUAGGUGCUCAAAACCUUUUCAUAUGCUUGGGAUCAUCCUGAUGGCAGGUGUGAUUUUAAAAAAGCAAAUAAUUUUGUUUUGGGACAAUAAAAUGUUUUAUUAGCAUUCCUUCACAUAAAGGUUUAUGAGUCAUACUAAAAUAUAAAAAUGUAUGAAAGAUUUAAUACUUACAAUGAUGGUUAUGUCAAUGAGUUGACACCAUAUCUUGCAAGAAUUACAGCGUGUCUCACAUUGAGAAUGUUGGAAUAUAUUAUAUUUGUUAUUUCAACGUCUCAGAUAAUGUCCAAAAUCUCUGUGGGUCGAAGACUAUAUUCACAUAAAUCUUCCUAAGAGAUUCGAAUCAGAAUAUCAAUGGAUCCAGGACAAUGUUUUAGUUUGAAAAAAAUAUUUUAUCCUUCUUGUUUAUAACUAACAAGCUUUGCAAAGGUUUGUCCUUAUGUUCAUUGUUGAAGAUACUGUGUAUUAAUAAAUGUUAAAGAAAUGUUG